UGAUGAUAAAGCGAAAAUUUUGAGGUUGUGUAUGUUUCCUUAGAUUUGGAGCCGAUCGUUCUGUAGUAAUAUACAAUUUAAAUUUUGAGAAAAUGUCUUCAAGAUACGAUAGAGCUAUAACAGUAUUUUCUCCAGAUGGUCACCUUUUACAAGUAGAAUAUGCACAGGAAGCUGUACGUAAAGGAUCCACUGCAGUAGGUGUCAGAGGUGCUAAUGCAGUAGUACUUGGUGUAGAAAAGAAAUCAGUAGCUAAGCUUCAGGAAGAACGUACAGUUAGAAAAAUCUGUUUAUUAGAUGAUCAUGUCGUUAUGGCAUUUGCAGGACUUACAGCUGAUGCAAGAAUUCUAAUAAAUAGGGCACAAAUUGAAUGUCAAAGCCACAAAUUGACUGUUGAAGAUCCUGUCACUUUAGAGUAUAUCACAAGAUAUAUAGCUUCCCUGAAGCAAAAAUACACUCAAAGUAAUGGUAGAAGACCAUUUGGUAUUUCUUGUUUGAUUGGUGGUUUUGAUUAUGAUGGAAAACCUCAUUUAUAUCAAACAGAACCUUCUGGAAUUUACUAUGAAUGGAAAGCAAAUGCGACAGGCCGUUCUGCAAAGACCGUCAGAGAAUUUUUGGAAAAAUUCUAUACUGCUGAAGAGGUAGCUACAGAAAAAGGCACAGUGAAAUUAGCUAUCAAAGCCUUAUUAGAAGUUGUACAGUCUGGACAGAAAAACUUAGAAAUUGCUGUUAUGCGACAUGGAGAACCAAUUGUAAUGUUAGACGGGGAGACAAUUGAGAAAUAUGUGACAGAAAUUGAAAAAGAAAAGGAGGAAGAGGCUGAGAAGAAGAAGGCCAAGAAGUAGUUAGUUAAAAUUUAUUGUAUUCUUGAUUUGUAAGAAUUAUUUUCAAUACUUUUUUUUAAAUAUAGGUAUUAA